UUUCUUCAGUACCACUCGCCCCUCUCUGAUCAAAACCAUCCACUGUACCUUUUGACAUUCUGUUAACUAUCCUUCCUCAACUGACUCAACUUCUCCACCCUCUGUAACUUGCUACUGAGGGUAAACAUGGACGGGAGAAGGGCAACUUUGAUUCCCUGAAUAAAGACACAAAUAAACCAACAAGAUAGUUGCAUUUCGAAAGCAGGGGGUCCUAAGAUGGUGAGCUCAGUCGAAUGGAUCAAUUCGUGGAUCGUGUUCCCUUGCCAUCACCAUUCCAGUCCAGAGACAUUUGGGGCACAUCACCUGAAAUAACAUCAUGAAAUGUGAUGCUGCAGUGAUAUGAAGUGAUGCAGCAGAAGGAGGAUUUGUAAUCCUUAUCACAGGAGGACUCAGAAGAAGAGAAGAAGGAAAGAAGAAAACGACGUCGUAGAAGAAAAGGAGGAACGGCGUCGUGGAGGCAAAACGACAACAUAUUCUUUAUUGUUAGUUAGCCGUUAAAUGUUAUAGUUUAGUUUAAUUUGGACAAAUGAUGUAGUGACACCUGUCGUACUUGGUUUAAUUACAACGUCCAACUAUAAAGCAGAAUAAAGGACUGAAGAGUUAGCUGAACUCGUUUCCCCAAUCAUACAUUCAAAAUUGUUAUGGUACCAGAGCAGCGUAAGCUCUAGGUUUCUUCAACUGCAGACGACAAGAUGUUAGGAGGACAGACGACCUCCCAAGAUGCCAAACAAUGGGAGCAGUGGCAGUGGAACCACAACAGCAGCAACUUUCCGAUUUGGUACCUUUGAUCAGAAUCAGAUGCACCGAGAGACUAUUGUUUUUGGUAAUCAUUAUUACCUUGACCCAAAUAAAAACAUGUCUCAAUCCCUUGUUGCCGAGCUUUUCGAUGGUACCAACUAUGUGAUGUGGAGUAGAUCUAUACUGGUUGUGUUGAAAAUGAAGAAUAAGAUUGGGUUCGUUGAUGAGUCAAUUCCAGUACCACCUAGGGAUGCAUAUCUAUUUGGGUUAUGGGAUGCCUGUAACACAGUUGUACUUUGUUGGAUUCAAAACUCCAUUAGGAGAUCUUUCUUGAAUCACAACAACUCUAAGACACUGUGUGAUGAAUUGAAAAGGCGUUUUGGCCAACCUAAUGCCCUAAAAUUGCAAACCUAGAGGAUGAGAUUCAGGUGUGUAAGCAGGGUUCCCGGACCAUCAAUCAGUACUACACAACUAUAAAGGGUCUUUGGUAUGAAUACAUCGAGUUCUCACCUGUUACACCUUGUAAUUGUGCACUUGGAAAUCCUAUUCCUUGUGCAGCUGUAGCUGCCUUUAUGUAGAAGCAAGAGACAAACUAUUUAAUUCGAUUCCUGAAAGGAAUCAAUCCUGAGUAUGAGGUAAUUAAGAUACAACUCCUGAUGCAAAAGCUCUUGCCAACAAUAUCAGCAGUUGUGAAUGAUUUGCUUAAGCAUGAACAUAAAUUAAAAGCUGAUGCAAUGAUGGGAGGUAAGAAAGCUCAGACUCUAGCCUUAGCAGUUGGUGGUAACAAUCAAAGAGAUUAUGUAGAAGGAAGGAACAUGAAGUUUUGUAGGUUUUUCAAGAUGAACAAUCAUACUAUUGAUGAGUGAUGGAAGUUAAAGAGGAAACAAGAGAUGCAAAAGAUGAUGGUGGUAAUGGAGGUUAUAAUUAUAGUUCCAGUUCAAACUUCAGUGCACCAAGCUUUGCUGGAUCCAUUUUGGAGGGAAGUAGCAGUGAAUGUCUAUCAGAGGGCAAUGUUGUUAAUGAAGGUAAAAACCAGGUACCACAUACAUUUACACCAGAUGAAAUGAAUAGAAUCAGGUACUUAUUGCAAGUUGGUGCUAACAACAACCCUUCACCACCCAUUAACCACCAAACUUACUCAUCAUCCCAAGUUUCCUCUUUCUUUUCAAACUUUUCAGGAAAACAUGUCUUGUCCUCUUCUCAAAACUAUGAAACCAAUGAUUAUAGAUUAUGGAUAGUUAACAUAGGUGCCUCAGACUUUAUUGCUUAUAAUCUCAACCUGUUUAGUCAUUAUAGGCCACUAAAAGAUACCUUUGUUUCCCUUCCAAACAGCAACAAAGUCACAGUUACUUUUGUAGGCACAGUUCUGUUGUCAUGCGGUCUGACAUUACAUGAUUUUCUUUUAGUACCAAAAUUUUCAUUUAACCGCAUUUCAGUCAUCAAACUCACACAUGACAACCAUUUUCCCUUACACUUUCAUUCUGAUAAAUGUCAAAUCCAGGACCUAUUAAGCAAGAAGAGGAUUGGUUUAGCCCACACAACUAGAGGUCUCUAUAACUAGCUUUACCCUCAUGACUAGUCAAGACUCCCCACACUAGUUACCAACAUCAAGCAACCAUCAUUUUCAAUUUCAAUCCACAACACGUGAACCUUUGGCAUUGGAGGCUAGGACACCCUAGUCAUGAUAGGUUGUCUUUACUCAACAAUUUAAUCCCUUCUAUUACUAAUACCAAAACACUUCACUGUGAUGUUUGUCACCUGUCCAAACAAAGAAAACUACCUUUCCCUGUUAGCACCAGUGUUGCACCUAACAUUUUUCACUUGAUGCAUAUGGAUAUUUGGGGACCUUUAUCCACUAUUUCUUAUGAUGCUUAUUACUAUUUCCUUACCAUUGUGGUUGAUUGUUCUAGAAGUGUGUGGGUGUAUUUGAUGAGACAUAAAAGUAUAACAAGGGGGUUGAUACAAGGUUUCUGUAAUCUUGUGAAAAAUCAAUUCAAUACCAGUGUAAAGGUGAUCAUAACUGAUCAGGGUAAGGAGUUUGCUAUAUGUGAUUACUUUGCCGCUGAAGGUAUAGAACACCAAGUAUCAUGUGUUGAGACUCUAGAGGAAACAUUAGCACAUCUUGAAUGUCGCUAGAUGUUUGAAGUUUCAUUCAGGGAUAACAUUACAAGAUUGGAGUGACCUUAUUUUGCAUGCAGUAUACUUCAUUAACAUGAUUCUCAUUCCCCAUUUUUGCCAACAGAACACUUAUGGAAACAUUUUAUAAUUACUAAGAACUCAUAGUAAUUGUCAGGUUACCAUUAGGAUUAUUAUGGUUGAUUUAAUAGGAUUCUACUCUCUCUCUCUCUACCAACUCAAUCUCCCAACUUCUAAUUCCCUUGAUCAAUCCCCAAUUGAUCUAACCUAGUUCACAAUUUCAUCGCAUUCCACGCACCCUAGAUUCGGGGGUCUAUCAAAUGGUAUCAGAGUCUAGUUGGGUGCGAAGAUCACUUGACCAUGACUACCACAUGCCAGGAGACAAGGCGGCGAUGACGUCGGUCAUGGUGGUGAGGGCAUCCAAGGUGGCGCAGGGCAAAGAGAAGGCGCCCAUGCAGCAGCUGCGCAACGGAGACUGCGUCGAGGAGCCGGACUGGGCUGAUGUUUGCAACAAGAUGUUUGAGGUUUCCAGGAUGCAAGGAAACCUAGAAGAAGGGUUGAAGGAGGUUAACCGUUCAAUCUAUCAGGUUGCAGAAAAUGCAAAAUUAGUUGCUGAAAAAGCUAAUGCAAACGCCGAUAAGAUGGUGCUGCUACUAUUGAAGGUGCUGGUUCAACUAUCCGAGGGUCUGUUGCAGGAGACCAGCAUGGAUGCAAGAAGUGAGAUGGGUCGGAUGAGCGAGACUGCGCCGAAGGAGGGCGAGGCCGAGGAGGCUCCACCCGUGGAGGAGCAAGAGACGAUAGGGGCAGACGAGGCGGCCGCUGCCGUCCGCGCAUCGAUGGCCGAUGGAAUGGGGGCAUGGGGGGCUCGAACUUCGCGGAAGCUAGGGCAAGGCAACAGUCUCUUACCCAUUCCAUCGGAGCAGGAAAUUGCGGGGCGAAAGUGCAAGUCAAAAAUGGCGGGAUACCACAACAUCACCUAGAAUGUGAUGUUCGAGCAACUGGAUAUGCGGUUCGAGGAUAAUGAAGAGGGAAGCUUGAU